GACUGUGUUGAAGUAUUUGACUGACGGGAUGUUGUUGAGAGAAGCCAUGGAAGACCAUUUAUUGAGUCGAUACUCUGUGAUUAUGCUUGAUGAAGCCCAUGAAAGAACAUUGUCCACCGACAUCUUGAUGGGGUUGUUGAAGAACUUGGUUCAGAAAAGAAAGGAUUUGAAGAUCAUCAUCAUGUCUGCCACCUUAGAACUGAAGAAGUUUCAGUCUUAUUUCAAUGAUGCCCCAUUAUUAACGGUUCCCGGAAGAACUCACCCAGUGGAGAUUUACUAUACUCCCGAAUACCAAAAAGAUUAUUUGGACUCUGCCAUCAGAACUGUGUUACAAAUCCAUGCCACUGAGGACGAAGGAGAUAUCUUACUCUUUUUGACCGGGGAAGAAGAGAUUGAAGAUGCCAUCAGAAAGAUUUCGUUGGAAACUGAUCAAUUGAAAAGAGAGGGCCAAUGUGGUGACUUGAGCGUCUACCCAUUGUACGGAUCUUUACCACCAUACCAACAACAAAAGAUCUUUGAUGCUGCUCCACCAAAUAGAAACGGUAAGAUUGGAAGAAAGUGUAUUGUUUCCACCAACAUCGCUGAAACUUCCUUGACUAUCGAUGGAGUGGUGUACGUGAUUGAUCCUGGGUUCUCCAAGCAAAAGGUUUACAAUCCCAGAAUCAGAGUCGAAUCUUUGCUUGUGUCUCCUAUUUCAAAAGCAAGUGCUCAACAAAGAGCUGGUA